UAGGAAGAGUUUACAGGUGUUCCAAAAUUAGUGGGUUGGAGAGACCCAGUGACGCACUGUAAAGUAGAGUUGAGCGAGUGCUGUAAUCUGUUUGGUUCAACAUUCGAAGCAGCAAUUACUCUGAGCGGUACAUGACGUCCAAAAAUGGACAAGUUCCUGCUCGUUAGUUUGUUGCUUCUUUCUGCGCUGGUCUGCUUCGCCUCGGCGCAGCUUCGUGGGCCUGAAGGCGCGGUGUGUACACGUCUGGGGUCCAGAAAUGACACGAUUAUUGUGGAGAACAGAAGGAGACGGGAACCGUCAUCCGGGAUCUGGGACUACCUCAGGAUGUGGGACGUCUUCGGGGUUAAAAAGGCUAGAAACCCCAGGAGUUUGGUGACUGUCCACAUUACAGUGUACUUCACUGACUACGAGUGCUGCGUCGGUUGGAACAGGAUCGGAGAAACUUGUCAGGCUGACUGCCACUUCCCAUGUGAACACGGUCUGUGUGUUGAGACAAACUUUUGUGAAUGUGAUGAAGGCUGGGAAGGUGCACAGUGUGAACACGAUAUCGACGAGUGCUGGUACGAGACAGACGAGUGUGACCGUGAGAACGGCGCCUGCACCAACACAGAAGGGUCUUACAACUGUACCUGCAACGACGGGCUACAUCUCAUUAACGGGACGGUCUGCCAUGAAACCCCGGACACGGACGAGUGCGCCACAGGCAAUGGCGGCUGUGGACAGAACUGUCACAACACACACGGGUCGUACUACUGCACCUGUGACGCAGGGUACACCUUAGCUGCCGACAGAUACACCUGUACAGAUAUCAAUGAAUGCGCCACAAACAGAGGUGGAUGUGAGCACUUCUGCACCAACACGCCUGGCGGCCGGGAGUGCAGCUGCAGGCGGAACUUCCGGCUUGUAGACGGGCGGAUAUGCCGAGAUGACGACAUGUAUCCGUACGGAGACGAGGCUGGUGAAUCUCCCCGCAGGUGGGACUUCUCAACCUGCACUGACGAGUCUCUGCCGCAAGAGGGCUUCCGUUUCUUUGGACGACGUCACCACGAGAUACACAUCUGCGACAACGGCAUCGUCAGCUUUGAUCGCAUCAAACGCCCGCGGAACCCGAUUCUGAUACGGAACACUUUCCGCUUCCGCACGGCUGCAGUUCUGGCUCCUUUCCUGGCCAGAUCCAACGCUUCACUUCUUGACAACCUUCCUGAAGAUGAGAGGACGGAGAUCUACUACAGCUUGUACGAGAGAGGCGACGGGAAACCGGCUACGGACGAGGUGAUGCGGAGGGCAAGGGACGACGGGAGGUCCACACCUGGGUACUUUUCUCCAAACUUUGACCCUGUGUGGGCGCUUGUGGUGACGUGGACGAGUGUUCCUCCGGACUGUAGCAUGUAUGGCGGCGGGGUGUGUCCGCGACCACACGACCAACUCCCGGUAAACGAUUUUCAGCUGGCCAUAUCGACCAACGGGACCCACUCCUAUGCUACAUUUGUAUAUCCCACACUGAAACAAGAGUGGGUAAGCACCGAUGAAGCAAGAGAAGGCGGGAGGCGGAAGUGCCCCAAAGCUGACGGGACCGUGGCUGUGGGAGGUUACAGUGCGGGAGACGGGACCGGUCCCUACCCUCACACCCCCGCCAUCAACUCUAGUCUGGUGUUCAGAAACAGGGACUACUCCGGACAGGACUGCAACGGGAAUAGACUCGGCAUGAUUUCGAUGAGGAAUCUUUAUCGGGUAAACGGAGGAAACUGGAAGUUCGCACUGCAGCCGCAGGAGAACACAGUUGUACCGGAGUCAACGGUGGUGGAGUGUUCACGGUGGAUGAGGGAACAGAUAGUGGAGGAUCCUACUCAGCUGCUCGGAUACAGUGCCCUACCUCCCGUCUUUUCCUGCCCUUGUUCCGCAGAGCAGGCAUUCUAUGAUCCAACGUACACCGUGCACAGCUCUCAGUUCGGCCAGUCCCGGUUCUGUGCCCGGAGCAGGCGGCGGGUCCACACGCCAGUCGGCGGGGAGAAGCUGAUCCUGUCCCGGUCCUGCUGCUACUCCACGGCGUACUGGUGGAGGGAAACACGAGGGAGGAGGUGGAGGAACAGGAUCGGUGGUGGAACGCUUCUGAUUGGCCACGCGGGGGGCCAUCUUGUUAUUAACGACCAGGCUGCUGACGAGGCUGCCUACCAGUCCUGCUGUGUGGACGCGGCCGGGCUGAGGGACGGCUGGUACUGUCAGAGGUUCCAAACUCUGCGGCCGCUCACCGCUCCGUCUGCACCGGGGUGUCAACAUUAUCCUGUUAACAUUGGCUGGACGUGGUUCCGCUGGGAUCCCCACUUCACCACCCUGGACGGCGUCAGCUACACCUUCAACGGGCUGGGGGAGUACGUCAUCGCGGACACAGACAGCGGGCGGUACCAGGUUCAGGGCCGGACUGCUCUGGCGCCAGGAAGCAGCCACGCUACAGUCAUCUCUACAGUUGUCAUUAACGAGAGAGGAAAACUCCCCAUCCAGAUAAACAUAGUCGGUAACUCCAGCCUGGGUCUCUACGUAAACGGCAGUCUGACAGACUCAUCGGUGUUCGAAAGUAACGAAGAGAUAGAGGUCGGAGACAACGCAGUUAUCCUCAAACCUUCCAACGACUCCAUUCUCGUCGUCUUUCUAAGUGGGGUGACUGUCAAAGUCUCUGCCAAAAAGGGCAUGCUGGCCGUGGAGUUCUCGGCCCCUCCUGAGUACCGUGGGAAGGUGCGGGGUCUGCUGGGCCGGUGGGACGGGGACCCGGCUAACGACUUUGAGGCGUUCAACGGAACCGUGUUUCCAGCUGAUUCCACUGAGCGAGAACUGUAUGAGUUCGGAAAUUCAUGGAAGGUCACAGCAGAAAAUGGACCGAAGAAGUCCGUGUUCUUCUACAAGGAUGGAGAAGACGUGAACACUUUUACAUCCACCGACUACCAACCCAAGUACACCGACGAACUCCUCUUUGACGACCCGGAGUUGGAGACCAGAGCGCGCGAGAUCUGCGGCAAUGACACGGAGUGUCUGUUCGAUGUGAGCCAGACGGGAGACCUGGAGGUGGCGGUCAUCACUGUCAAGGGGAAGGAGGAGUUUGGAAGCCAGACAGCUGCUCGUGAGCGCUUCCCUCCGACUGUAUUCGGGCCGGACGCGGUGUACGCCACUGUUAAUGACACCGUAACGAUCCGCAUCAACGCCUCGGAUCCGAACAACGGGUCACUCGUGUUCGCGCUCGGGGAGGACGUGCCGAACUCUGUAGAUCUGACGGCUGACGGGGACGUGGCAACGCUUACCUGGCAGGUCAUCUCUGACGUCCCGGUUAACCUGAGAGUUGAUGUUUUUGGCUCGGAGAACACGACUGCGCAGUACCGGCCCGUGGUGUACAUGUGUUCCUGUCUGCACGGAGGGAACUGUGACAACAGCAGUGAUCCUGAUGCUGCAUCCGCGGGGGGACAGACAAGAUUUGUACAGAGAACCUGCACCUGCGCGCCUGGCUACAGCGGAGACAGGUGUGAGGAGGACGUGGACGCCUGCCUGCUGAACUUCUCCCCGUGCUUCCCCGGCGUCACGUGUGAGGACCUCCCCGCGCCAGCCGGGGACGGACCGGACGGCUUCACCUGCGGGGACUGUCCGGGGGGAUACACAGGAGAUGGAUUCGAAUGUCAAGAUCUUGACGAGUGCGGGACACCAGAAGGAGCCGUGUGCGCCCACAGCUGUGAGAACUACCCCGGUACCUUCAUCUGCUCCUGCCGGGACGGGUUCGAACUCGCUGAGGACGGAGUCUCCUGCCAAGACAUAGAUGAGUGUGUCCUGCAGCUGAACAACUGUAGUCAGCAGUGUGAGAACACAGACGGGUACUUCAACUGCACCUGUCAGGACGGGUUCACACUGGCAGAUAACGGACUGGACUGUGACCCUGACAAUCCAUGCAGUGCAGGAAGUGACCCUGGAUGUGACCCGGAGUUCGGCUGGUGCAUCACUAACGGCCUCGGUACUGCAGAGUGCGUCUGUAAGGCUGGGUACGUGCUGUCUGCCGACAACAGGACAUGUGAGGACUAUGACGAGUGUUCCGAGGGUGAUCACCACUGUUCUCAGCUGUGUAACAACACCGCUGGUGGGUACAGCUGCUACUGUGAGGAGGGGUACUACACUGAUGAGGACAAGGUCCAUAUGUGCUUAGACAUUGAUGAGUGUUAUGAGGUGACAGACAACUGUACAGACCUGGAGACGUGUGAGAACGAUCCCGGCUCCUUCCACUGCAGCUGUACGGAGGACGCUGUGUUGGUGGGAGACACAUGCGUGCCUGUGACUACAACUCCAGCCAUGACAACAAAGGCCACAACCGAUCAAACUACCACUUCCAGUACAACUAAGGAACAAACCACCGGUCUGCUGCAAACCAGCAGGGCUACUACUACUGUUACUACUACCUCAGCCCCUAUGGAAACCACCACAAGAAGCUCGUCUACCAUAACUAGUUCGCUGCUUUCUACUACCUCUGGUACUACUAACCCCCCGACCACUAGCACCACUACCACUGCUGUUCCAACUACCGCGUCCAAGCCAUCCCCUCUGGCCUCCACUAGCCCAAGCACUACUAAUCCUCCAACCACUACUACCACCACCACUUUAACACCAUCAUCUACUUCCACUACUCUGCCCAAGUCAUCCUACAAACCCAGUACAACUACCAGCACUGUACUUCCUACAACUACAACUAUAACUACAACUACUACAUAUGUUUCUUCUCCUACAGCCACUGAUGCACAACGUUUCACAACCUCUGCUAUACCCGAAACCGCCACUAUUACAACUGCCUCUCUAACCACCCCUAUAUCUACAAACACUAUUACGUCUCCACCAGAAACCACCAAAACCAUUGCUGCCCAAUAUCCAACCACUACAACUGUUACUCUAUCAACUUCUGCAUCUCCAACCACCUCCACCAUUACUUCUACUCCUAAAACUACUGCUGCCCAACAACCAACCACUACAACUGUUACUUUAUCAACUUCUGCAUCUCCAACCACCACUAGAAUUACUUCUACUCCUCACACUGCUGAAACUAUUGCUGCCCAACAUCCAGCCACUACAACUACCACAACCAUCACCCCAUCGACCACUAAAUCUCCAACCACUAUUAUAACUUCUUCGCCUUAUACUACAUCUACUUCAACCCCUUUCGUUCCUUCCGAGCAAGUAGAAUCUACUACUAGUUCUCAGUCUGAAACUGCUAGUACCCAACCUUCCGCUACCAUGUCCACCCAGCGUCUCAAUGUACCAACCAGGGGUGCAACCGCAGCGUUGCCGCUGACAGAGGAUCAAAAUGCUCUGAGGCCGCAUGAACAGAACACUGUGGUUCUAACAAUUACAAUGACAAUUGAAGAGUUUACUGCUGACGUCAGGAUGAACUUCAAGCGCAGGGUUUCUGAGAUCAUGACGUCUCACUGCCAGAGGAUGGUGAGGGAAGAGCGGGACUGCCAAAGGAGUGAUGGUGACAGGAAACGACGCUCACUAAGUGCAGUCGUCUUCACCGCUGCCGACGUGUACAUCCCCCCUGGUUACCCCCGGCAGUCCGCUACCAGAGACGGCAUCCUGCUCGCCUUCUUCAUCAUCCGCCCGGACUCUGCCGACGACUUCCUGCCUUUUCCAGUCGACUCCAUCAUGAUGACACUUAGGAACAACCAGCUCCAGCUACAACAGGCUCUGGGCUCCAAACCGAUCACAGACAUGGUGCCUUACGAACAGUACCUUUAUGGUGUAACUGUUCCAGCCACUGCAGGCACAACGCCUGUUCAAGGAAAGCCGCCAGGAAAGCCAGAAGAGGACUCCGAGUUCCCGCUGGUUGCAGUGAGCGUGGCUGCUGCUGUGUUGGCAGUGGUUGCUCUGGUCAUCGCAGUCGCUGUCUGUCAGAAGAAGAGCCACGCCACUGCCUACCGUGUCCAGGACACGCCCCCUUGCAGCCAGACCCCGGUACUGCAACCUCACUUUGACGAAUCCGUGAGGAGCUUCAAUCCACGUAAAGAAGUCUGGGGAACCGACAAUCCAGCCAUCAUCAUGGACAGCAAAGUCUGAGGGAUCGUAUAAAAAAUACAUACCAUACGUCUGAAGUAAAAUAGACGUAGCCAUAGUUGCAUUGUCUACAACGAAUUCCACAAUAUUGUAGUGUAUACGCACUGCUAUAUUCUAUUUUUACUCUUACCCAGAGGUCCUAGUUGAUAAGUGUUUUUCAACUUUUAUCUAGCUUGAUAAAAUCGUCCGAAGGAACCUUUUUAAGUCUUGUUUACAAUACAGCAUUCAGCAUUGUUACAGGUGUAACAAUAGGUCAUAGUACCAUAUACAAAUUUAGAGACGGUUUUGAUUGCAGAUAGGCGUCAAUGACAAUCUUUGUUCCAUAAAGCAUUCUUUCUAAUCUUUAGUAGUUCGUAACAAUAUGUUUUAAAUGCUGCAACUGAGGGUGUACAAAUACAUGUUAUAAAUACCAGCACAAGUUCUGAUUUGAUUUUAUUAGUUUGCACAUAUUAAGUUUAUUAUCACUGAACAACUGAUUGUACAUUGAUCAAAGUGGCUCAGUGUUUUGUGACAUGGUUUUAGUAGAGUGUGAGUUUUGUUACAAAAUAUUUUUGCCCGCUGUUUUACAAGAGGAGCUUUCAUGUCUCAAAAUAUCAUUGGCAUUCAUGGAAUCAGUUAUCUCAAGACUAGACUACCAAUUUAAAAUAGCAUGAAUUGUUCUUUUUUUAUACAACCCAGAUUGAAAAGAUUGUAUUUUAAACUGUACAAUUAUACUGCAUCUUGGUACAAGUCGGAUAUAUCAAAAUAUGGCAUAUUUGUGACGACUGAAUCGAUAUCUUGAAUCAUUUUCUGUAUAAAAUCUCUCUGAAAAAAGUUGUUUCGUAUUAUGCAAACAUAAUGCUUACCUAUAAAAAUCGGGUACAUUGAGUUGAUGUAUACUUAACAAAUGUUAUAUUAUCAAUAAGAUUACUGUAAUUAUGUAAUCAUAUCUGGUAAUUAAAAUUUAGUUUGCAGCGUUUGCGUUUCACUUUCAAAAUGGCUGACAAUACUUACGCCACAUACAGUCACAUAAGUGCAAACUCCUAAGAACUCUUGCACAUUGUAAUGGGUAGCAAGGACAUAAAUAAACCACAUGAUUGUGCAACCGG